UUGGGAUUUUUAAAAGUCACUUCCAAACUCUCCUCACCAGGGAUGUCAAGGCAGGCAUGCAACAGGAAUCUGACCAGGUAUAAGUGAACAGUUAACAUCUGGAGCCUUCAGCAAGGAGGACUGCAGUGUGGCAGGCUGUUGCUGUCCUUGAGAAUUUUCAGGCUAGGAGUUAUCAGGUGUGCACAUGAUGGCCACAGAUGUCUUUAAUUCCAAAAACCUGGCCGUUCAGGCACAGAAGAAGAUCUUGGGUAAAAUGGCGUCCAAAUCCAUCGCCACAACCUUAAUAGAUGACACAAGUAGUGAGGUACUAGAUGAGCUCUACAGAGUGACCAAGGAAUAUACCCAGAACAAGAAGGAGGCAGAGAAGAUCAUCAAAAACCUCAUCAAAACUGUCAUCAAGUUGGCCAUUCUCUAUAGGAAUAACCAGUUUAAUCAGGAGGAGCUCGCUCUGAUGGAGAAAUUUAAGAAGAAAGUUCAUCAGCUUGCUAUGACCGUGGUCAGUUUCUAUCAGGUGGAUUACACCUUUGACCGGAAUGUGUUAUCCAAGCUGUUAAAUGAAUGCAGAGAAACGCUUCACCAGAUCAUUCAGCGUCACCUCACUGCCAAGUCACACGGACGGGUUAAUAAUGUCUUUGAUCAUUUUGCAAAUUGUGAAUUUUUGGCUGCUUUGUAUAAUCCCUUUGGAAAUUUUAAACCUCACUUACAAAAACUUUGUGAUGGUAUCAACAAAAUGUUGGAUGAAGAGAACAUAUGAGCCACUGAAUUAAGACCAUGACUGUGAUUUAUUUCAAGAUGGAACAUUGCUGAUUCAUGAAGGAAAAAGAAUUUUUUUUAAAGAUCACACAUAUUUCAGGAAGACAUUGCCCGAUUCAACUGUCAGACAUUAAUGAUAGUACUUUUAUGAGGCUUGUUUUAUUUAAAGAAAAACAUAUUGCUAAAAGUUCUGGUUAAAAGCAUCCUAAUAGGUGGCAGAUCAUGGGAAUGGUAUGAAUGCAAAUGUAGAGUUACACAUGGCUCCAAACUUUUAUGACUUUUUUUUAAGGGCAAUUGUUAUAUUGGUGGCACGUUGGAUAUUUCUGCUAUGUAUAAAGUCUAUGUAUUUUGAUUGUUUUGUUCCUUACAAUGUGUAUGUACCUUUUUUUAAAAGCCAAGAGCUUCCUCUUCCUAUUAUUGCUCCUUUUGAAACAGUUCUAUAUUCAAGUUUACCCUUGUUUUGUUAAAGAUUGUGUUAUUGACAUUCAAGAAUUAUGUCUGAGGCAAUCACAUUGAACCUCAGAAAACUAUUCUGAAAUCAAAACUGUGGAAAUGAAUAUUAGACAUUAUGAAGAUGUCCAGUAUAAUGAUGUACUUCUGAAACUGAGUAUUGCUUUUUAGUACCAGCAGUGAUGCUUAAAUUCUCAAAACUGUAUUUGCAUAUCGUUGCCUUGAAAUGCUUGCGUUAGGGCUUACCUUUGAUAUCAUCCCAAAAAUGUGCUGAGGAAAUCUCCAUGGUUAACCCUCGUUUCAUGUGUAAGAGACAAGAGAGAAAAUCUAGAUUCAUCUGAUUUGGGCACAAUAAAAAGCAAGUAGAAUUAAGAAAGAUUUAAGACUCUUUGUUUUAGAGACGAACCCACCAAAAUAACUAAGGGGAUUGAAAGACAAAAGGGAAGAAAAGAUAUUGCUAAAGAACAUGACCAUGAAGAUGAAUGCAUUUCAGUGUUUUAAAACAUUUGAUAAAUAAAGAAUGCCACUUUUUUAUUUAACUAA